CAAGAAAUCUAAAUUUCGAAAGCAAGCAGCCAUGUAUCAAUUUAUCUGAUGAAGAGGAGUAUGAUGUUGGCAGGGCUGAACCCAUGGAUGAUGAUUAAUAUUUUGGUGGAAGAGAUAUUAUAUCUGAAUGUUUAUCUUACCUUCGUCCCCCUCCCAACCCUCACAUAUCAGCCUUAAAUCAAUCCCCUCUCUCUCCUCCUCCCCCUCCCAAAUCUGCCAAACCAGCUUUACAAACCCCAAGAGCAACAGUUGGUGGAAAAAGACCCAGGGAUUUCACUCAGAGUCAAUCACAACUUCCUCCAAGACCAAACAUGGGUGGAAAAAAGCCAAGGUCCAUGUUCCACCACAGCUGCCAAAAAUGUGAGGAGUACAAGGAAAUUAUAGCUACACAAGAUCAAGAAAUUGCU